AUGGGUCGUCUUCAUUCCAACGGAAAGGGCAUAUCAGCCUCAGCAAUCCCAUACUCCAGGACUCCUCCUGCGUGGCUCAAGACCACCCCCGAGCAAGUCGUGGACCAGAUCUGCAAGCUUGCGAAGAAGGGUGCUACUCCAUCGCAAAUCGGUGUUGUCCUCAGAGAUUCGCAUGGUAUUGCGCAAGUUAAGGUGGUCACUGGUAACAAGAUUCUCCGAAUCCUCAAGUCCAAUGGCCUCGCCCCAGAAAUCCCAGAGGAUCUCUACAUGCUGAUCAAGAAGGCUGUCGCCGUCCGCAAGCAUCUCGAGCGCAACCGAAAGGACAAGGACUCCAAGUUCCGUCUCAUUCUCAUCGAGUCCCGUAUCCACCGUCUGUCCCGCUACUACAAGACCGUCGGAGUCCUCCCACCAACCUGGAGAUACGAGAGCGCUACUGCCAGCACCAUGGUCUCAUAG